CAAUACUCGCUAAUGUACGCCGCCGUCACGUCGAAAACCUCCGUGCUCACCCUUGGGUAUUUGACGGUGUCCACAAUGGUGCCUUUUGUCUUGUCGUACAAGGAGACACAAGGCAACUCCGUGUACACGAAAGGAUACAUCAGCAGCAGAUCCUUGUUCAACAAAAUCUAA